AUGUUCCUUACCAUCAUCGGGUGAAAGCGGCGAGGUAAUCUUAGCAGUUCGGUAAUGUUGUUGACAAGGCAGCAUGGUGCAUCGUCCAGAAACAUAUAACAUCUCUUUUCCAUAAAACACAUGUUUGAAUUGUCAAACUAUUUUUCAUUGGGAAGGCAGAUAAAACGUUUUUUUCAAAAGCAGUCACUUUUGCAUGUGAAAACACAGAAUCCUGCUCAUUACAUAAUUUUUUUUGAGCCGAUUUCGCUAUCGGACAGAGCAGGGCACCCCAACGGCACCUGGCUCAAGCCCGGGAGGCAGGCCGUUUCCUUAUCGAAUGGGAUCAACUUUUAGCCAGUGAAAAUCAAACCAACACGGGCGCCCGCUUGAAAUUAAUCGAACCUCCUCCCUGUGUUGACAGUGGACCUCCUCGGUGUUACUAACAGAAUGGCUGUUGAUAUAACUUUAUUGUUCAAAGCCAGUGUAAAAACGGUCAAAACCCGAAAUAAAGCUAUGGGAGUAGUGUUUGAUUCGCCUAAAGAUGAAAUAUUCAAGAAGAGCAGACCGAAUAACGGAUUUUCUCUCAAGGCGAAAGAAGUGAUUUCUAACAUCACCAAGCUGAAAGACUUUCUACUGCAGCACAGGAAAGACUAUGUGAAUGCUGGAAGUCUCAUCUCAUCAGAUCUAACCCGGAUGACAGACAAUGAGCGAGACCAGAUCGACCAGGACGCCCAGAUCUUCAUGAGAACCUGCUCUGAAGCCAUCAAGCAGCUCCGCUCUGAAGCUGAGAAACGGGUCAUAUCAACCCAGAUUAAAGAGCACAGGGGGGCGGUCCUCGACCUAAUCGAGAUGUAUUUGAAAGGAGUAUGCAAGCUUUAUUCCGAGCAGAGGGCUAUACGAGUGAAGAGAGUGGUAGACAAGAAGAGACUGUCCCGACUAGAGCCAGAGCACCACCACAGUAGGAUGGUGGUGGAGAAGAGCCCACAGGUGGAACAGCACAGCGAGGAGAAAACAUCCAAGGAGGAGAGCAGCAGCGGUGAGCGGAGCGUGAUGGAGGUCCCGGAUAACACUGUGAGCCUGUGGGAGGAGGGCCAGGGUCGUGUGGAUGACGAGCUCUCACCUGAGGAGAUGCAGAUGUUUGAACAGGAGAACCAGAGGCUGGUGAGUGAGAUGAGCAACCUAGUAGAUGAAGUCAGGCAAAUCGAAGGCAAGGUUGUCGAAAUCUCACGUCUCCAGGAGAUUUUUGCGGAGAAGGUGCUAAUGCAAGAAACUGAGAUAGACAAUAUCCAUCAGCUAGUCGUGGGAGCCACUGAAAACGUCAAAGAGGGAAACGAGGACAUCCGAGAGGCCAUCCAAAACAAUGCUGGAUUCCGUGUCUGGAUUCUCUUCUUCCUCGUCAUGUGCUCCUUCUCUCUGCUCUUCCUGGAUUGGUAUGACAGCUAACCCCUUGAAUAUGGCAGAACCAGGAAGUAAGUGACUUCCAUCAGCAGGAAGUGACAUCAGCCUGGGCUUAAGUGGUUAUCACAUUGAAGUAUAUGGUUGGAUGGACGAAAUGUUGGGUUUAGGACCAGCUUGUCCUACUCCGAAGAGAACUAACCCCAGACAUGUGCUUUGAGGACGACUUCACUACUGUCAACCGUACUCGAUCCACAAGAGGACAGUGUAAACGCAUGUUUACAAAUUCAGUAAAACACACAGUUGGCUGAAUGCAAAGUGCCGUCGUCCACCUGUACUGUGUGCAUAUGGGGGAUCAGUAUCACAUACUGACCACAAUGCUUGUUAUUGCAUCAACAGCAACUGUCCUCUGCCGUCUUUCUCAAAGGAAGUAAGUGGUUUUUGAGCUAUUCAUUAUCUUUGUUUGUAUUGAGGUCUUGACCAUACACAUUGUAGACUUACGCUUUGUUGAGAUGAAGAAAAUGAUUUUUGAAAACCUUAUGGUCUUUCAUAUGUAUUUAUUUUUGUCGUUCAAGGGAAAAGAUAUGAGAGAACCACAUACUAUGUCUCUUGAAGAUGGGUUAUUUUCAAAAAAGGGUUAUAAGUUACACAGACCAUGUAAGCCUUUUGUUUGUGUAAAUAUGGUAGUUAUGAUCAAUCAAUGGGAGUAUUUUUGUUGGUAUAACUCCACUUGGCACUUGCUGCUUGUGUUGAAACCUAGUCCUAAGACAAAUAAAUUGAAGCACUGCUUGUGAAA